CGCUGUGCUACGCUGAGCUGGGGGUCACCAUCCCCAAGUCGGGAGGGGAUUAUUCCUAUGUCACAGAGAUUUUUGGUGGGUUAGCUGGGUUUCUGCUGCUGUGGAGCGCAGUGCUUAUCAUGUACCCAACUAGCCUGGCUGUCAUUGCACUGACCUUCUCAAACUAUGUCCUGCAGCCUGUCUUCCCUAACUGUAUUCCCCCUUACAAUGCCUCCAGGAUCCUCUCCAUGGUGUGUUUACUCCUCCUGACGUGGGUGAACAGCUCCAGCGUGCGGUGGGCGACGCGCAUCCAGGAUAUAUUUACAGCAGGAAAACUCUUAGCCCUGACCCUAAUCAUUAUUGUGGGCUUCAUACAGAUCUUUAAAGGAAACUACAAAGAGCUGACACCAAGCAAUGCAUUCAGAUUUUGGAUGACUCCAUCUGUGGGACAUUUAGCAUUAGCUUUUCUUCAAGGGUCCUUUGCAUUCAGUGGCUGGAACUUCUUGAACUAUGUCACAGAGGAGCUGGUUGAUCCCCGCAGGAACCUGCCUCGUGCCAUAUUCAUAUCCAUCCCAUUGGUGACAUUUGUGUACACGUUCACCAACAUUGCAUAUUUCACUGCCAUGUCUCCCCAAGAGCUCUUGUCCUCCAACGCUGUGGCGGUAACAUUUGGUGAAAAGUUACUGGGCUAUUUUUCCUGGGUUAUGCCAGUCUCAGUGGCCCUAUCUACAUUUGGAGGAAUAAAUGGAUACCUUUUUACCUCAUCAAGGCUGUGUUUCUCUGGUGCUCGGGAAGGCCACUUGCCAAGUUUGCUGGCCAUGAUCCACGUCAAGAACUGCACACCCAUCCCUGCCCUUCUCCUCUGUUGUCUGGCCACACUCAUCAUCAUGCUGGUUGGAGACACAUACACGCUAAUCAACUACGUGUCAUUCAUUAACUACCUCUGCUAUGGAGUGACCAUCAUAGGCCUGAUUGUUUUACGAUGGAAGAAACCCAAAAUCUUCAGACCUAUCAAGGUGAACCUCCUCAUCCCCAUCACCUACCUGGCGUUCUGGGCAUUUCUGCUGGUCUUCAGCUUGUACUCCGAGCCCAUCGUCUGUGGGGUUGGACUCAUUAUCAUUUUAACUGGAGUGCCAGUGUUUUUCCUUGGAGUCUACUGGAGAAAUAAACCAAAGUGUGUAAAUAGGCUAAUAGAGUCCCUGACGUGCUGGGGGCAGAAGCUGUGUUUUGUGGUGUACCCUCAGUGUGGAAGCGCAGAGGAGGAGGCCUCCUCAGCCCACUCCUGGCGGCUGGUGAGCGAGACAGCAGUGAGGAAAUCACAGCAACGUGGCCUGUGA